AUGGCGAAAGACCCACUUCGUGUUCUUGUUACUGGUGCCGCAGGACAAAUUGGAUAUGCACUUGUCCCCAUGAUUGCUAGAGGAGUAAUGUUGGGCCCUGAUCAACCAGUGAUCCUUCACAUGCUUGAUAUUCCACCUGCAGCAGAGGCAUUGAAUGGAGUUAAAAUGGAGCUGGUGGAUGCUGCAUUUCCUCUUCUUAAAGGAGUAGUUGCUAGUACGGAUGUUGUUGAGGCAUGUACAGGUGUCAAUAUUGCAGUAAUGGUUGGCGGGUUCCCACGAAAAGAAGGAAUGGAAAGAAAAGAUGUGAUGUCAAAGAAUGUCUCCAUCUACAAAUCCCAAGCUUCAGCUCUUGAGAAGCAUGCUGCUAAAAACUGCAAGGUUUUGGUUGUUGCAAAUCCUGCAAACACGAAUGCUCUGAUCCUUAAGGAAUUUGCACCAUCAAUCCCUGAGAAAAACAUUACUUGCUUAACAAGGUUGGACCACAACCGAGCCUUAGGGCAAAUCUCAGAGAGACUAAAUGUUCAAGUAUCAAAUGUUAAAAAUGUUAUCAUUUGGGGAAACCACUCUUCAACUCAGUAUCCCGAUGUUAACCACGCAACUGUAAAGACAGAAGCCGGAGAUAAGCCAGUUCGUGAGCUCGUGAAAGACGAUGAAUGGUUGAAUUCAAUGUUCAUUACCACAGUACAACAACGUGGUGCUGCAAUUAUAAAGGCUAGGAAGCUGUCUAGUGCAUUGUCAGCUGCAAGUUCUGCUUGUGACCAUAUACGUGAUUGGGUCUGUGGAACUCCAGAGGGAUCUUGGGUUUCAAUGGGUGUGUACUCUGAUGGCUCUUACAAUGUUCCAACGGGGAUUAUUUAUUCUUUCCCAGUUACUUGUCGCAAUGGUGAGUGGACAAUAGUUCAAGGUCUUUCGAUUGAUGAGUUCUCAAAGAAGAAGUUGAUUCUCACAGCACAAGAACUGACCGAGGAGAAGACUCUAGCAUACUCUUGCCUAUCAUAA